UGAACGUUGUUGGACUCGGGGCCAGCUGAAGCCAUGAGAGCCAUACUGCUGACUGUGCUUUACAUCCCCUUCACCGUGGCCUUGCAACGAGUCUCACUCGUUCGAUUCAAAUCUAUCAAGACACAACUUAAGGAAAAGGGAGAACUGGAGGAAUUCUGGAGGAAUCAUCACCCUGACAUUUUCGCUCGGAGACACCUGUAUUGCUUCCCUCCAGAUCUCACUUUGUCAGUAGGAACUGCUUCAGAAAGGCUGUAUGACUACAUGAAUGCUCAGUACUACGGAGUCAUCAGUGUUGGCACACCGCCUCAGAGCUUCACCGUGGUGUUUGACACCGGCUCCUCCAAUUUUUGGGUCCCUUCUGUUUAUUGCAUCAGCGAAGCAUGCAGGGUGCACCAGAGGUUCAAGUCCUUUCUGUCAGAUUCAUAUGAGCACGGUGGGGAACCCUUCUCCCUGCAGUAUGGCAGUGGGCAGCUUCUGGGCAUUGCAGCCAAGGACACGCUGCAGAUCAGUAACAUCUCCAUCAAGGGACAGGACUUCGGCGAGUCGGUGUUUGAGCCAGGAAUGACCUUUGCCCUUGCCCACUUUGACGGCGUCCUGGGCCUGGGUUACCCCUCCCUAGCAGUGGGCAACGCUCUGCCUGUGUUUGACAGCAUCAUGAACCAGAAGCUGGUAGAGGAGCCAGUCUUCUCCUUCUACCUGAAGCGGGGAGACGACACUGAGAAUGGUGGUGAACUGAUCCUGGGGGGCAUAGACCACUCCCUCUAUAAAGGCUCAAUUCACUGGGUCCCAGUCACUGAGAAAAGCUACUGGCAGAUACAUCUGAACAAUAUAAAGAUCCAGGGCCGGGUGGUAUUUUGCUCCCAUGGCUGCGAAGCCAUCGUUGAUUCUGGCACUUCUCUUAUCACCGGUCCCUCAUCACAGAUCAGGCGAUUACAAGAGUACAUUGGGGCAAGUCCAUCGCGUUCUGGAGAGUUUCUUGUAGACUGCAGAAGACUGUCCAGCUUGCCCCACAUCAGCUUCACCAUUGGGCACCACGAUUACAAGCUGACAGCGGAGCAAUACGUCGUGAAGGAGUCCAUCGAUGACCAAACCUUCUGCAUGAGUGGCUUCCAGUCUCUUGACAUCCCAACUCACAAUGGUCCGCUCUGGAUUUUAGGAGAUGUCUUUAUGUCUGCCUUUUACUGCAUUUUUGACCGUGGAAAUGAUAGAGUGGGAUUUGCAAAAUCUGCUCACAGGGACGAUUAUUAGUGGGUUGUAAUAGCAUUCGUUCUGCAUCAGCAUGGAUGCUGAUAUAACGAUUUUGAGCAGACCUGUGAAAAAGGACUAAAGGUGAAACUGAACCAGAAUGCAGACCUCCUCCUCAAGU